AGUUUCUAGCUUGCCAAUUAAGUUAAUGUGGUAACUAAUGUUAACUACUUAAUUUCUUCGUAUGAAUUUUGAAUUUCUUGCUCUUCUAUCAAAAGUAUUCGGCUCCCUCCAUGUGCAUAGAAAAAGCUAACAAAUAUUUGUAUGGUUAACGUGCUAGUUUCCCGGCCAACGCCUUUCUCCCUUCCUUUUUUCUCAUGCUCGUCGUCGCACACAUUUCGUUUGAAAAUGUGUCGUAGUUGACAGAGUUCUGCGUCAAGCGCUUGACAGACACAGCAAUACAAUUUUGUAGAAUUAGGGAUGACAUUCUUUCUUUUUACUGAACACCUUCGUUUUUUCCAUUUGGACAGCUUGUCAAAAGCCAGGUAGAUUAUAAGCGAGACAUUUUCAUAGGGUUUACCUGCUGGGAUCAAAAUGGGUUGCACACUAAGUGCCGAAGAUAAAGCUGCCAUGGAGAGGAGUAAAAAUAUUGAUCGGAAUCUGAGAGAAGCUGGCGAAAAGGCAUCAUGUGAAGUCAAACUGUUGCUUCUAGGUGCUGGGGAGUCUGGGAAAAGCACAAUUGUAAAGCAGAUGAAAAUUAUCCAUGAGGAUGGGUACACACAGGAGGAGUGCAGCCAGUACAGAGUGGUGGUUUACAGCAACACCAUCCAGUCCAUCAUUGCCAUCAUCAGAGCUAUGGGCAGGCUGGGCAUAGACUUUGGGGACACAGCACGAUCAGAUGAUGCCCGCCAGCUUUUUGCCUUGGCCAGCUCUGCAGAGGAAGGGGUCAUGACCCCUGAACUGGCUGGGGUCAUCAAGAGGUUAUGGCAGGACGGAGGGGUCCAGAUCUGCUUUGGCAGGUCUAGAGAGUACCAGCUAAACGACUCCGCCUCAUAUUACCUGAAUGACCUGGACAGGAUAUCCCAGCAGAACUACGUGCCCACGCAGCAGGAUGUCCUGCGCACCAGAGUCAAGACCACCGGCAUUGUGGAGACACACUUCACAUUCAAGGACCUCUACUUCAAGAUGUUUGAUGUGGGGGGUCAGAGGUCUGAGAGGAAGAAGUGGAUCCACUGCUUCGAGGGAGUCACAGCCAUCAUCUUCUGUGUUGCGCUCAGUGACUAUGACCUGGUGUUGGCUGAGGAUGAGGAGAUGAACCGAAUGCACGAGAGCAUGAAGCUGUUUGACUCCAUCUGCAACAACAAGUGGUUCACAGGCACCUCCGUCAUCCUCUUCCUCAACAAGAAGGAUCUGUUUGAGGACAAGAUCCACAAGAGCCCCCUCACUAUCUGCUACCCAGAGUACUCCGGUUCAAACGAAUUCAAAGAGGCGUCAACCUACAUUCAGUGUCAGUUUGAGGACUUGAACAAGCGGAAGGAUACAAAGGAGAUCUACACCCAUUUCACUUGUGCUACUGACACUAAGAACGUGCAGUUUGUCUUUGAUUCUGUCACUGACGUCAUCAUAAAAGCCAACCUGAAGGAGGUUGGCUUGUACUGAGACUCCUGCAACAUCAUCUGUCUUGUCAUCAUAGGGGCUGGUGUGUUGGAAUCACACAUUUACAGGUAUAAAUCAAUCAUUGCCUUUUUGACAGUUAGACCAUAUACAGGAUGGGUUUUUAGACCAUAAACUGUUGCCAUAAUGUAUGAUGAAUCCUUGGAUAUUUCAAAACAAGAUUACAUAGAGCACUUAUGUGGUUUUGGUUUUCUAUCUUUUUGCUGUUAUGGAUUCCUUAGCUAUGGACUGAUUUUUAAAGUGGAAUAGAAGUUGUGAGUGUUGGAUUUGCCAAAUGUUUUUGACUGUUACUGCCAAAUUUCUGUAAAAUGUCUUUAAAACAUUCUGCACUUUUUAGGCUUUCAGCAUUCACUGUAAAGGGUUCAAAUGUAUUAAUUACAUUGUAAAUGUUGAAUAAGGGAUCACAACUAUUAUGCAUUUUCUGAGUUUUGAUAACUUAUCUUUAUAACUGUAUGUACUGAGGGUACAAAACAUUAGGAGCACCUUCCUAAUAUUGAGUUGCACCCCCUUUUGCCCUCGGAAUAGCCUCAAUUUGUUGAGGUAUGGACU